CAGGCCGAGGUCUCGCGGGUGAUGGACAUCAUCAUCAACUCGCUCUACAGUGACAAAGACGUCUUCCUGCGUGAGCUUGUCUCCAAUGCUGCCGAUGCUUGUGACAAGAAGCGAUUCCUUGCGAUCACCGAGAACAAGUCGAAACAGGGCUCUGCUGAUAAUCUUGAGAUCAGGAUUCAAGCUGACAAAGAGCAGAAGAAGUUGAUUAUCGAAGACUCUGGUGUGGGAAUGACAAAAGAUGAAUUGAUCAACAACUUGGGGCGUAUUGCUCAGUCUGGAACAAAGCAAUUUGCUGAAAUGUUGAAGAAGAAUAAGGGUGACAGUGCAGCGAAUCUUAUUGGACAAUUUGGUGUCGGCUUCUAUUCAGGCUUCUUGGUUGCCAAUAAGAUGACAGUGAUUAGUAAGGGCCUCAAUGACGAGCAAGGAAGGUCAUACAGAUGGGAGUCAGAAGCUGGAAGCUCUUACACAAUAUCAGAGGUUGAGGGGGAAAGCGGCAUCGAAGGGAACUCAGGGACCCGCAUCGAGCUCACCCUGCGGGAGGACGCCGACGAGUACCUGGAUGACAUGAAGAUUAAAGCCCUCGUGCAGAGGUACUCCGAGUUUAUCAACUUCCCGAUCAAGGUUUUCACCACCAAGACUACCUACGAGCAGGUUGAAGAUGAAGAAGCCAACAAAGAUCUCAAGGAGGGCGAAACCCCCAAGAAGAAGACCAUCCCCGUCACGAAGCAGGAGUGGGAAGUCCAGAACAAGCAGCAGCCCCUUUGGAUGCGCCCACCUUCUCAGGUCACGGCAGAGCAAUACGAGGAGUUUUACAAGAGCACAUUCAAGGCCUUCGAUAAGCCUCUUACCCUCUCUCACUUCUCCCUUGAAGGUCAGGUUGAAUUUCGUGCUCUGCUUUAUGUUCCUAGCAUGUUGCCAUUCGAGCUCGGGAGCAACAUGUUUGAUGAAAACGCGGGCAACAUGCGCUUGUACGUGAAGAGAGUGUUCAUCAACGACAAGUUCACUGAGCUCUGCCCUCGCUGGCUCAAGUUUGUGAAGGGCGUCAUCGACUCGGAGGACCUCCCCUUGAACGUUGGACGUGAAAUCUUGCAGAAAUCUUCGGUCUUGAGAGUAGUGUCUCGAAGGAUCGUGAAGAAGUCACUUGACAUGUUCAAUGACAUCAAGGGCAAGGGUGGAGAAGACUGGGACACCUUCCAGAAGCAAUUCGGCAAGUACCUCAAGGUUGGUGUGAUCGAGGACAACGAGCACAGGAAAGACAUCGGGGAGCUGAUUACUUUCGGAUCGUCUGCAUCCAAGGGAAAUCUCACCACCUUGGGCGAGUACGUGUCUAGGAUGAAGGAAGGUCAGCAGUACAUCUACUACGUGUCGGGGGAUGGAAGGGCUCAGUGUGAAAUGUCUCCUGCGCUGGAGAAGGUGAAGAGCAAUGGGUAUGAAGUGAUGUACUGCGUCGAGCCCCUCGAUGAGCUCUGCAUGAUGGAGCUGAAGGAGGUGGACGGCCCGGAAGACAAGAAGAUCGAGAUCAUCGACCUUGGGCGAGACACGGUGAAGGGCAUCGACGACAGCGAAGACAAGAAGGAGGAGAAACAGGAGAAGGAGAAGAGCUUUGAUCAAGUCCUCAAGUUCCUCACGGACACUCUCGGUCAGAAGCGCGUGUCUAAGGUCGAGAUCAGCUUGUCUUUGUCAGAUAGCCCGUCUACGCUAGCCCAGGCACAAUACGGCAUGUCGCCCCAGAUGCAGAAGUACAUGAAGGCAAGAGCCGUUGCCAUGGGGGAGGAGGCAGACUGGAGCGGAAACUCCGGUCAGGCCGCCAUCCUUCAGGUCAACCCGAACCACCCCAUCCUCAUCUCUCUCAAGGACAAGUUGGACGCCGGAGAGCCAGGCGAGGACGAGAAGAGGGUUGCAAGUCUCUUGUUCCACGUGGCGCAGCUAAGAGGAGGAUACGACAUCACGGAGGGAGACAAGUUUGCCUCGCUGGUGACAGAGCUUCUCGCCAAGUGAAGGGAUCAAGUCGCCGCUGUAGUAAAACAUCAAAAAUGCCG